AUGGGCGGCCCAGAUCUGAAAGCGCCUACGUUCCCAGAGCUGAGCGUGUCCACCUUUGUCACUGGCGUGGACCAAGCUGUACCAGAGAGGAGAUCUCCUUGUCCGUCCACGCCAUGUACCCUCCACCUUGCUGGACCUGGUUUGCCUGGAGUCUGCAUUAAGAAAACCAACUCUGGCCUCAACAAGGGCCACAAGGUGACCAAGAACGUGAGCAAGCCGAGGCACAGCCGCCGCCGUGGGCGCCUCACCAAGCCCACCAAGUUCGUGCGGGACAUGAUCCGGGAGGUGUGCGGCUUUGCCCCUUAUGAGCGGCGCGCCAUGGAGCUGCUCAAGGUCUCCAAGGACAAGCGGGCCCUCAAGUUCAUCAAAAAAAGGGUGGGGACACACAUCCGUGCCAAGAGAAAGAGAGAGGAGCUGAGCAAUGUCCUGGCCGCCAUGAGGAAGGCGGCAGCCAAGAAGGACUGAGCCCUUCCCCUCUGUGCACAAUAAAACUUUUCCAGAAAAAAAA